AUGAUGCUGAUCUUGCUAACAUUGAUCUCUCCUCAUGCACACCCUUUCUGCAGUUGUUUGUUCUCCACCAGCGUGCAGAGGCAAACCAAGUUCUAUGAUGACCCCGUGUCAGCAGUGAAGGAUAUUCCAGACGAUUCCACCUUGCUGGUUGGAGGUUUCGGAUUAUGUGGCAUCCCCGAGAACCUGAUCAAUGCUUUAUUGAAGACUGGAGUCAAGGGCAUCACAGUUGUCAGUAACAAUGCAGGGGUGGAUAAUUUUGGCCUGGGGCUCAUGCUCCAGACCAAGCAGAUCAAACGCAUGGUGGCAUCGUAUGUGGGCGAGAAUGCGGAGUUUGAGCGACAGUAUCUAUCGGGGGAGCUGGAGGUCGAGCUGACCCCACAGGGAACUUUGGCUGAAAGAAUUCGAGCUGGGGGUGCAGGUAUUCCUGCAUUUUUCACCCCCACUGCCUACGGCACGCUGAUUGAGGAAGGAGGGGCCCCAAUAAAAUACAACAAGGAUGGCAAUAUCGGCAUCUCCAGUGAACCCAGAGAGGUGCGGGAGUUCAAUGGCCGACACUACAUCCUGGAGCGAGGGAUCACUGGGGACUUUGCCCUCGUUAAGGCAUGGAAAGCUGACCGUGCGGGGAAUGUUGUGUUCCGGAAAACGGCGCGGAAUUUCAACCAGCCCAUGUGCAAAGCUGCAAGAGUGACGGUUGUGGAGGUUGAGGAAAUAGUUGACACUGGGACGUUUGCCCCGGAAGAUGUCCACAUCCCCAGUAUAUACGUGCAGAGAGUCAUCAAGGGGGAGAAAUAUGAGAAGCGGAUUGAGAGACGAACUCUUCGGAAGCUGGGAGACUCUAAGCCUGAGCCAAAGACGGAAGCUGAGAUCACAAGGGAGCGCAUCAUUCGGAGAGCUGCACUCGAGUUUGAAGAUGGCAUGUACGCAAACCUGGGGAUUGGAAUGCCAAUGUUAGCCAGCAACUUCAUCAGACCUGACAUCACCGUCCAUCUACAGAGUGAGAACGGUGUUCUGGGAUUGGGUCCGUACCCACUGGAGGGAGAGGAAGAUGCAGACCUCAUUAACGCAGGUAAAGAGACAGUGACUGUCCUUCCUGGAGCCUCGUUUUUCUCCAGUGAUGAGUCGUUCGCCAUGAUCCGGGGGGGCCAUGUGAAUAUGACGAUGCUUGGUGGGAUGCAGGUAUCGAAAUUUGGGGAUUUGGCCAACUGGAUGAUUCCGGGGAAGAUGGUGAAAGGAAUGGGUGGAGCUAUGGACCUGGUGGCCAGUGCUGACACCAAGGUGGUGGUUACGAUGGAGCACUGUGCAAAGGGAGGAGCACACAAGAUCCUGGAAAAAUGUACGUUACCACUAACUGGGAAAAACUGUGUAAACCGUCUCAUCACUGAGAAGGCUGUCUUUGAUGUUGAUAAGAACAAAGGUCUGACCUUGAUUGAAAUAUUUGAAGGAUUGACUGUUGAUGACAUCCGGAAAUGUACUGGCUGUGACUUCAGUGUGUCUCCAGACCUACGACCAAUGGCACAGGUGUGAGAAAGCAGGCCCACUGAGCCUAGGCCUCCCCAUAACGUGGACAGAAUCACACCAGGAAAUAUUGCAGUGCCUCGAAUAUACACAGAGUCUUCAUGUCUAUCCACAUGUUAACAAAUCAAUAUUCUAAUGAAUGUGUACUUCUGUAACAUGAUGGGAUAAUUUCACUGACUCUAUGCUUUCUGAAUGAACAUAUGUAGCAUGGUGCUUUUGGAAGUGCAGAGUCAGGCAAUUUAUCCUGAAGGAAAGUUGUUCGGGUUCGAUACACGAUCCUGCGCCUCUCCCUCGAUUAUAUCUCGCUGUGUUCUGAUCAGCUGUUUUUAAAUGUUGCUGCUACAGUGUGGAGCUGGAGGAACACAACAGGUCAGGCAGCAUCAGAGGAGCAGGAAAGUUGACGUUUCAGGUCAGGACCCUUCUUCAGGACUGGGGAGGGGGAAGGGAGCUCUGAAAUAAAUUUGGGGGGCAGUGUGGGGCAAGGCGAAGACAGAUGGGGUGAUGGUAGGUGGUUACAAGUAGGGGGUAGUGGGGAUUGGUCAGUGGGAAGGGAGGGGUAGAUAGGUGAGAAAAAAGAUGGACAGGUUGUGUCAGGUCAAGGAGGCAGGGAUGAGAGGGAUGGUUGGACAUGGAAUGAGGCCGGGGAUGGAGAGAUUUUAGAAUCUUGAAUUUUUAAAGCUAAAAUCUGUCCACCCCCCAGUCUCAUCCCAUGUCCAGCCCUCCCUCUCAUCCCCACCUCCUUGACCUGACACAACCUGUCCAUCUUUUAUCUCGCCUAUCAUCUGCCCCUCCCUUCCCACUGACCAAUCCCCACCACCCCCUACCUGCAUCCACCUAUCACCAUCCCAGCUCCCUUUCCCCCUCCCCAGUCCUGAUGAAGGGUCUAGGCCUGAAACGUAGACUUUCCUGCUCCUCUGAUACUGCUUGACCUGCUGUGUUCCUCCAGCUCCACACUGUAUCGACUCUGACUUCCAGCAUUGGCAUUUCUUGCUAUCUCCUAAAUGUUGCUGUUGCAUUUCUUUUCCCGUCCAAGUUGCAAUUUAGAAACGGGUGGUUUGUUCCAGGCAGUUUGUGUUCCUUGUUGGGGUUGUCAGUAAUCCUGGAUCCACAUGCUGCCUUUUACCCUCGCUGCAGUGAGGCUACACUUGCCCUUCCUACCUCUGUCUCGGGGCACUAGCGGUGCUGGUGGUGACAUGGUCCCCUCUAAGACAGCCACUUUGACCCGUUCCUUACACAGCCCCCAGUCUUGAUCCACGCAGUGGUUCCGAUGUCUGACUGCUAGCUGGUCAGGCUGGCAGUAACGGGGGUAUGUGUCUGACUGGCAGGUGGGGGAGUUGGCCCCUUUUUUGUUAGGCAGGGGCAUUUGGAAAUCUCAGUGUAUUAACAGCCAGCCGCACUCCGCUGCAGAUCUCCCCCGCCCCCAGGUCUGAACGCUGACAGUGAUCACAGUCAUGUCCAGCAGCUUCGUCCCUGUGAGGAGGAGAAAACUCUUGCCUGGUAACUCCUCAUCCGCCCUCCGCCUCCAACACUCUUUCCCCACCCCCCAACUCUUCCCCCCUGAACUUGAAUCCAGAUAUUCCCCCUGGAUUCUGGGAGGUGGUGGUGUACACAGGUUUGUUAUUUUGCCUGCUGUUAACUGAUCAAGGGGUAAAUCUCAGAGCAGAACUUCAGCAGCCAGCUAAAGAUUGGGGCUCAGUGCCCAGGAUUUUAAGCCUCUCCCCACUUUUCACCCUGCUCCCUUCAGGAGAGUUCACAGACAGACAGUCCUGUCCUGCACCCUCGAAAGCAGAGAAAAUGUCGGCAUGACCCCAUCUGUUAAUUUGGAGAGUGACCUUUGUAGUUUAUGUAGCACCUUUUUGUGGUAAUAAAGUGUUGCAAGGGCUUUACAGCAGCGUACAUCAAUGUAAAGCAUUGACACUGAGCUCUGAGAUGUUGGGCUGGGUGAGCAACCUGUUACUCUGUGGAACCAGCAGCUGUCACUUUUUUGGACUUGGCAAUUCUCAUUUCUCACCAUGCCUGGCUGUGUUCUGUGAACAGCAGUAUGGAGAGUUUAUCAAAUCCUGAGCCACUGCAUGCAUACAUAACUAAAUUUCAACAGUUAAUGUUCAAGACUUCUGCUGAAGCCUACUGUUGAUGCUUGGCACUUUAAAUUAUUGUAUGGGUGCGUGUGUGAGUACAUUUAUGGGUACAUGUAUGUGGGUCUGUGUGAGCAUGUACAUAACAUGCGCAUGGUUUUCUACUGGGGUUAUCCCUGCAGCUGUAUGAAUCGGGAAUAAACAGUACAAGGAAACCAGGUACUUCAGGUAAGCUUCACACAGCACCAGCAUUUCAGCCUGGCCUGAGGGGUCUGCAGCAAACCCUGUAUUGGCCCUGCCUGGCAUUGGCCCUUUGUGAAUCAGACCAUGGACCCUGGUCACAGUGAAAGGGCUGUAUUUAUCAUCACUGGGAUAUUACCUGCGGUGGAACAAUUGAGCUCUAAGGAGAAACAAAUAGGUUUGGAUUGUCCUCUUUAGAGAGGAGAAGUCUGGGGGUGGCGGGGGGGGGGGGGGGGGGUUAUGGUUGAGGGGUGUAGACAGGGUGAUUAAAGAGAGCAGCUGUUCCCCUUAGUUGAGGUGUCGAUCAUGAGGGGGUGUAGUUUUAGGGUAACAGGCAGGAGAUACAGAGGGGAUUUGAGAAAAUAAACUUUCACUCAGCAGGUGGUGGGAAUCUGGAAUGCACUGGCUUGGAAGGUAGUGGAGGCUGGAAACCUUAUAAAAUAAAAUGGAAUGAACACUGAAUGAAAAUAACGUCGAAGGAUUUGGGACAAGUGCAAGAAAUUGGGAUUAGUGCACUUUUAGUGGUAGUAAUGUUGGUGCAGACCCGAUGGGCUGAAGGGCCUUAUCUGUGCUGUAUGAAUCUACGGCUCUGACUCUAUGACCACUAACUGUGAGGGCUAAAUUGACAGCAAGACCCUGUUCAUCUUUAGGGUCUUUUUUUUUAGUCUCCACUAAAUUUAAAGUGUAUUCAAGUGCAUUGUCUCAACUUGAUCAUUUGUGAUUUACUGACAUGAUCUCAAGGGAGAGAGAGAGAGAGAGACAGGAGUCUGCAACAACUAACGGCAAAGUAAACAGCAUCUCGGCUACAGCCCCCAGUCAGACAGGGAGAAUGACAGCUGCUUUUGGAUGGUGUAGCAGGAUGGUUUAAAACCCAGAGGUCAGUUAAUGCUCACUCUGUUCAUCACCUUUAGGCUACGAGGAGGUAGGUGUCAAAACAGUUGCUAUCUAUGUUCUCUAUACUUUAUCGUUUAUAAAACAAUUUAAUUGUUAAUAUAUAAAGUUUCUUGUGUAAACAUUA